AUGACCAACCCCCCCAACGAUGCAGCCGACCAUAAUGGCCCCUCCAAGGUCGGCACCGUAUUCGCACACGAGUACUACACCUUCCUCAGCAAGGAUCCCGCCCGCCUCUACUGCUUCUACAACAAGAAUUCGACCAUGAGCCAUGGUGUACAAGGAUCCGACACUCAGAUCUGUCAAGGACAACAGGCCAUUCGCGCAAAGAUCCUUGAUCUCGGAUUCGAAGAUUGCAAGGUCCUCGUCAGCGAUCUUGACUGCCAAGCAUCCCACAACAACGGAAUCAUAAUCCAGAUCCUCGGAGAAAUGUCCAACAAAGGCGGCCCAGCUCAAAAAUUUGCCCAGACCUUCUUCUUGGCGGAACAGCCUCAGGGAUAUUACGUCCUCAACGAUAUCUUUCGCUAUCUCAAAGACGACACAGACGAUGAUGAAUAUCCCAAAGAAGCUGAGGACGUCGUCGAGGAACCAGCAGCACCACAGCCGAUCGAUGCCACCGUCCCCCAGACUGCGCCCAAGGAGGAACACACAGCCGCUCCUACCUCCGCGCCUUCUGUUCACGUGGAACCAAUCCCGCUUAAAGUAGAGGCCGCACAGGAGAAGUCAGCGCCUAUCCUCAUCCCCGUCGAAGAAGGCAAGCCUACCGAAAAGCAUGCGGACAAAAAGACCGACAAAAAGGCGGACAAGAAAGAUGCUCAGAAGAACAUCGUCAAAUCGGAUGAAGGGAAGCAAGAGGUCACGGAACCCGCCAAUAAGGAGGAUGUCCUUGUCACGGAACCCGCCAAGAAGGAGGGCACCUGUGUCACGGAUGCCGCCACCCCUAUCGCUGAACCCACUUUCUCCCCACCUCCUGCUGCCCAGACCUUUGCUACGGCCCAGACUUUUACCCCGGCUCUUGCCCCAACUCUAGCGCCUACACAUCCUCCCAAACUCAAGACCUGGGCGAACUUGGCUGCAAACAAUUCAAGUCAGUGGGGCACUCACGUCGCAUCCGCCAAAGCCGCAAUCGUCACCACUCCCCCGCCUGCCCCAGCCAAACCCCAAUCCACACCUCAAGCUACUACCAUCGCCUCGACCCCCAGACCUCAAGGCCGACCAGAAUAUCACUCGAUUUACAUCAAGAACGUCACCGAACGCAUGACUCUCCCUCAACUGAGGGAAGCCUUCAGCAAAUUUGGAACUGUCAAGCACCUGGAACUCACUCAGAAGAAGAACUGUGCCUUCCUGGACUUCUCAACCCCAGAAGCCAUGCAUGCGGCAUUGAAACAGAACAUGGUUGAGGUCGGAAAUGACGUUGUCUUAGCAGAGGAGCGUCGUCGUGGGGGCGGACUUGGAAACCAGAGUGCUGGACGUGGCGGAUUUGGACAACAGCAUCAUAACGCGUCUAAUGGACAUGGACAUGGACAGCACCAGCAACAGCAGCAAGGAGGUGCAGGCAGCCGCGGCGGACGCAUUAAUAACCCGCGUAAACCGGUUCAAAACAAGAGCGAGAAGUUUGCCCAGCCCGCUGUUGUAAAGUGA